AAAUAUAUAUUUAUAUUAUAUAUUAUAUAUAAAAUAAUAUAUAUAUAUUCAAUUUUUUUUUUUGGAAAUGGAGUCUUGCUCUGUUGCCCAGGCCGGAGUGCAGUGGCACAAUCUUGGCUCACUAUAACCUCCACCUCCCAGGUUCAAGUGAUUCUCCUGCCUCAGCCUCCCAAGUAGCUGGGAUUACAGGCAUGCGCCACCACGGCCAGCUAAUGUUUGCAUUUUUAGUAGAGACAGGGUUUCGUCAUGUUGCCCAGGCUGGUCUUGAACUCCUGACCUCAAGUGAUCUGCCUGCCUCUGCCUCCCAAAGUGCUAGGACUACAAGCAUGAGCCACCACGCCUGGCCUAUUCAAUAUAUUUUUUUGAGACAGGGUCUCACUUUGUCACCCAGGCUGGAGUGCAGUAUCAUGAUCAAAGUUCACUGCAGCCUUGACCUCCCAGGUUCAACAAUCCUCCUGCCUCAGCCUUCUGAGUAACUGGAACUAUAGUUGAAAGCCACCAAGCCUACCUAAUUUUUAAAAUUUUUUUUUGUGUAAAGUUGGGGUCCUACUAUGUUGCCCAGCCUGGUCUCCAAUUCCUAGGCUCAAGCAAUCUUCCCACCUCAGCCUCUCAGAGGGGUAGGAUUACAAGUGUGGGUCACCUGUGCCUGGCCUAAAUUUAUAUUUAAAUAGCCACAUAUGACUAAUAGCUAUGAUAUUAAACAGCAUAACACUAGACCCUCCAUUAUCCAAGCUCUGUUGAUCCAACCAACAGAGCACACUUGAUCUCUCCUACCUCCCAGCCUCACACACACAUGCCCCACACCCUCCUUCCUGGCUCCACUCACCCAAGAUAUUGCAACCUCCUCAAUACACCUUGAUGACUAUCUCAGCCUCCACAUCCUUGCAUUGCUAUUUAUGCUGCCUGGUGCACCUCAUGCUGCCUCACCCCAUCAUCUGCCUCAUUUCUACUCUUACUCCAGGUCUCAGCUCAGAUGCCCCCUCCCCCAGGAAGCCCUCCCUAGCCGUCAGGUUGAAUGAGGUGUGUCUCCUUGGGCUCUCCCAGACUCCUGGGCUCCUCCAUCCCAGCCCUGAUCACUCUGCAUCAUAAUUGUGUGAGAGGGGUCUUCCCCCCAUACCCUACAGGAUUGUGUGCCCUACUGUGGACAGAGGGCAGAGCAGAGGUGGUCUCAAUCAUCACUGUGUCACCAACAUCACCCAGCACACACAACUGGGCACUGGGAAUGUGUGCUGGAAUGAAUGGAGGAUGCUUUUUAAAAAUUAGGCUAAGCCAGGUAUGGUGAGUCACAUCUGUAAUCCCAGUACUUUGGGAGGCUAAGGUGGGAGGAUCACUUGAGCCCAGGAGUUCAACACCAGCCUGGGGCAACAUAGUGAGAUCCCAUCUCUACAAACAUAAAAAAAUUGGCCAGGGAUGGUAGCACACAACUGUGGUCCCAGCUACUCAGGAGGCUGAGACGGGAGGAUUGCUUGAGCCCAGGAGUUGGAAGCUGCAGUGAGCAAUGAUCAUGCAACUAUACUCCAGCCUGGGCAACAGAGCGAGACCCUGUCUUAAAAAAAAAAAAAGAGUAACACACUUGGAAUAAACAUGAUCCAAAAAAGUACAAAACAUACACUCUGGGGCUGGGUGCAGUGGCUCAUGCCUAUACUCCUAGUACUUUGGGAGGCCGAGGCAGGAGGAUCAUCUGAGGUCAGGAGUUUGAGACCAGCCUGGCCAACAUGGCAAAACCCCAUCUCUACUAAAAAUACAAAAAUUAGCCAGGCAUGGUGACGCAUGCCUGUAAUCCCAGCUACUCAGAAGGCUGAAGCAGAAGAAUCACUUGAACCUGGGAGGCGGAGGUUGCAGUAAACUGAGAUUGUGCCACUGUACUCCAGCCUGGGUGACACAGCGUCUAAAAAAGAAACCACUCGAAAAACUACAAAAUAUUCUUGCAAUUACAGGUGACAUAUUUAAAUGGUAAGACAACCAAUGUUCAUGAAUGGAAAGACAGAGCAAGACCCUGUCUCAAGAAAAAAAAAAAAAAAAAAAAACAGGCCGAGCGCGGUGGCUCACACCUGUAAUCCCAGCACUUUGGGAGGCCAAGGUGGGCAGAUCACCUGAGGUCAGGAGUUCAAGACCAGCCUGACCAACAUGGAGAAACCCUGUCUCUACUAAAACUACAAAAGUAGCCGGGCGUGGUGGCGCGUGCCUGUAUUCCCAGCUACUCGCUGAGGUGGGAGGAUCGCUUGAACCCAGGUGGCAGAGGUUGUGGUGAACUGAGAUUGCGCCAUUGCACUCCAGCCUGGGCAACAAGAGCGAAACUCCAUCUCAAAAGAAAAAAAAAGAAAAACACGAGGCUAAGAGCUUUUUUUUUUUUUUUUUUGAGACGAAGUCUCGCUCUGUCACCCAGGCUGGAAUGCAGUGGCGCGAUCUCGGCUCCCUGCAACCCCUGCCUCCCAAGUUCAAGUGAUUCUCCUGCCUCAGCCUCUCCAGUUGCUGGGAUUACAGGCGCCCACCACCACGCCUGACUAACUUUUGUAUUUUUAGUAGAGACAGGGUUUCACCAUGUUGGCCAGGCUGGUCUCAAAUUCCUCACCUCGUGAUCUACCCACCUUGGCCUCCCAAAAUGCUGGGAUUACAGGCGUGAGCCACCGCACCCAGCCUGCCUCAGAGCCUUCAAGUGAGUCAGCCACAGGUGAAAUCCCACCUCUGUCUAUUGGCAGACUUGCCUCUUUUCCUGGGCCUCUGUUUCCACAUCUGUGCAAUGGGAACAGUUAUUUAUGGUGGCUGCUGAAUGAGGCAGUGUGUGUUUGAACAAACCCAGGGGAAUUGUUCAAACAGAGGCUGUUAUGACUGUUGCUACAGUGACUGCUGUUGUAGUCACGCUGAGUGAGAAAAAGAGGUUGAAGAGGGUCAGGGGAGGAGUCCUGGGAAGUUCCCCAGUCACCCUGAAAAACUGGUUCAACCUCUGUCUGUGCUCCUAUCCCAGGGAGUAUAGGUGGAGCCUCCAGAGCCCAUGGACAGGGCAUGCUGGGGCUGGGCCAGCCCCAGCGGUGUCUCUAAGGCACCUCUGGGCUCCCCACCGAGCUGGCCUACUUCAGACAGCCAGGGCCCACCCCUCUGGCCCCCUUAGUGUCCAGCUCGUGGCCCCUUGGCAUUGCCACAAGACGCCAAGAUGGAGAUUCCCAUGGGGACCCAGGGCUGCUUCUCAAAGAGCCUCCUGCUCUCAGCCUCAAUCCUGGUCCUCUGGAUGCUCCAAGGCUCCCAGGCAGCUCUCUACAUCCAGAAGAUUCCAGAGCAGCCUCAAAAGAACCAGGACCUUCUCCUGUCAGUCCAGGGUGUCCCAGACACCUUCCAGGACUUCAACUGGUACCUGGGGGAGGAGACGUAUGGAGGCACGAGGCUAUUUACCUACAUCCCUGGGAUACAACGGCCUCAGAGGGAUGGCAGUGCCAUGGGACAGCGAGACAUCGUGGGCUUCCCCAAUGGUUCCAUGCUGCUGCGCCGCGCCCAGCCUACAGACAGUGGCACCUACCAAGUAGCCAUUACCAUCAACUCUGAAUGGACUAUGAAGGCCAAGACUGAGGUCCAGGUAGCUGAAAAGAAUAAGGAGCUGCCCAGUACACACCUGCCCACCAACGCUGGGAUCCUGGCGGCCACCAUCAUUGGAUCUCUUGCUGCCGGGGCCCUUCUCAUCAGCUGCAUUGCCUAUCUCCUGGUGACAAAGAACUGGAGGGGCCAGAGCCACAGACUGCCUGCUCCGGGGGGCCAGGGAUCUCUGUCCAUCUUGUGCUCGGCUGUAUCCCCAGUGCCUUCAGUGACGCCCAGCACAUGCAUGGCGACCACAGAGAAGCCAGAAUUGGGCCCUGCUCAUGAUGCUGGUGACAACAACAUCUAUGAAGUGAUGCCCUCUCCGGUCCUCCUGGUGUCCCCCAUCAGUGACACGAGGUCCAUAAACCCAGCCCGGCCCCUGCCCACACCCCCACACCUGCAGGCGGGGCCAGAGAACCACCAGUACCAGCAGGACCUGCUAAACCCCGACCCUGCCCCCUACUGCCAGCUGGUGCCAACUUCCUGAUGGGUCCAGGGCCAGGCCAGCCAGGGAGAAGACAAGGCCCCAGCCCUCCUCUGGGAGCCUCACACCUGAGACCAGCAGGACAAGGCCAUCGGGGGCUGUGGGGCCGAUGAGGUGGACUCAGCCAAAGACUCAGCAGCACAUGGGGCAGGUGUCCUGGCAGGGGAACAGGAGACUGUAACAGGCCCAGGUCCCUGUGCAGCCCCUGAAUGCACGCCCGCCUUCGGUCUGUUCCUUCAAGCGAGCUGGCCUGGGCCAUGUGCCUGUGAAAGGCAGGCUCUGGCCCCUUUCCAUGCCAAAGUCCCCCAAGAUCUGGAUAUCUGGGGACAAGAUGGUGGCCUCAGGCCUGCCUCCCAGGCAGUUGGCUGGGCUCCCAACUGUCUGUCCUCAAUGCCCUACCCCAACUCCACUAGUGACGCUCAGAGUCUUCUCCCCUUAGAACAAGGCAGACACCCCACCAUGCGGGCCUCAGGUGGCAGAGAGGCCCAGCCUCACAGGCCUGUGGCCCCACACACCAGUCCCAGCAAGGUGACCACGGCUGCCGGACCCCUUCCCUGUUCAGGCAGGCCCAGCCCCUCUCAGAACCCGCUGCCAGCUGCUGGUCUUGGCCCCCACCCUGAAUCUCACUGAGUCCCUCUGGGCAGCAGCUCCCUUCUCCACCCCACCCCAGCCCCUGUCCCAAAUGUGGCCUCAGCUUGUCCUCCCCUUCCCCAAACUAUGCAUUCAUUCAGCAAUAAAUGAGCCUUUGCUGUAUGCCAGACCCAGUUCUAGGCUCUUGCAGCCCUGGUAGAAAGCAAAACAAAAACUCCUGCUUUCCCAGAGGGUCACUUGGCAGGGGAAAGAAUCAGGAAAUAAAAUAAAUAAUGAACA